UCCUGCCUGUCGGUCUAGCGAAGACGCGGUGCUCGGAUGGGAUAGCCUACUCUACAGAUACUAGUGGAGCGAAGGCAGGCGUAUUUGCCGGAUAAUACAGCCCCUGAUCACUACAGUGGAAAAAAAGACGUCGGCGGUUUGUAUGAAAUACGCAGAUGACGGAUGUUCAACCUUUUGAUUCCAGCAUUGAUGUGCAGAAUAUGCUGCAAAACAAUUUGCGGCAUUUGAGACAACCUGUCUAAAGAGGCACCCUACAAAUGAAAACGCACAUUGCCAUCAUUUAGUCCAUAUUCAUACAAGACGUUUCCGCUAUUUUAACUCGUGUUUUUUGGACAUUUGUGUUUCCCCCUACAGCCAUGGACGAAGACAAUCAAGUACCUGAAGACAUCUCCUUGGACGAAAGAGAUGAGCUGUCAAACAUACGACGCAGGAAAAAAGAACUCCUGGAUGACAUUGAGCGGUUGAAGUUUGAGAUUGCAGAAGUGAUGACUGAGAUCGAGCAGCUAACCUGUGUGGGGGAGAGUAAAACAACCCAGAGAAACAAACAGAUCGCCAUGGGAAGAAAGAAGUUCAACAUGGACCCCAAAAAGGGGAUCCAGUUCCUGUUGGAGAAUGACCUUCUCCAGCACACUCCCGAGGACAUAGCCCAGUUCCUUUACAAAGGGGAGGGCCUCAACAAAACUGUCAUAGGAGACUACUUAGGAGAGAGGGAUGACUUCAAUCUCAAAGUUCUGCAGGCGUUUGUAGACCUUCAUGAGUUUGCAGAUCUCAACCUCGUACAAGCUUUAAGGCAGUUUCUGUGGAGCUUCAGACUACCUGGCGAGGCACAGAAGAUUGAUCGUAUGAUGGAGGCCUUUGCCUCGCGGUACUGCUCGUGCAACCCUGGCGUCUUCCAGUCCACAGACACAUGUUAUGUCCUCUCCUUCGCCAUCAUCAUGUUGAACACCAGCCUCCACAACCCCAACGUAAGAGACAAGCCUCCCGUAGAGAGAUUCAUCUCUAUGAACAGAGGCAUCAACGAGGGAGGAGACCUACCAGAGGAACUACUCAGGAAUCUCUAUGAGAGCAUUAAGAGUGAACCUUUCAAGAUCCCAGAGGAUGAUGGGAAUGACCUGACACACACGUUCUUUAACCCAGACAGAGAGGGAUGGCUGCUGAAAUUAGGGGGAAGAGUGAAGACCUGGAAGAGAAGGUGGUUCAUCUUGACUGAUAACUGCCUUUACUACUUUGAGUACACAACAGAUAAGGAGCCACGUGGGAUCAUCCCUUUAGAGAACCUCAGUAUCAGAGAGGUGGAGGAACCCAGGAAACCAAACUGCUUUGAGCUCUACAACCCCAACCACAAGGGUCAGGUGAUCAAGGCGUGUAAGACUGAGGCGGAUGGCCGGGUAGUUGAGGGCAACCACACAGUGUACAGGAUAUCAGCACCGACAACUGAGGAGAAAGAGGAGUGGAUCAAAUCUAUCAAGGCGAGUAUCAGCAGGGAUCCCUUCUACGACAUGUUGGCUACCAGGAAGAGACGGAUUGCCAAUAAGAAGUAAGAGGGGACAUUCCUACCUGCCAAAAUCCACACGCAAAAAAAACCCCACAUCCCAGGACAUCCCAAAUUAGGAGAGCUGCCUCCCUGUGCGUAUGAGUCCUCUUCCUCAGGUGGACUUUUGUCAUGAAGUUAGGCAACCUGCCACCUACCCCUCCCUUCUCCUCUCCCCCCUGACUUCACUCCAAUCCCAUUGUUAUCACCAUUACGGACAGACUCCUGAUGCUCCCACUCUACAGUCCAUCUCACCCUGUACCAACCCGUUACUAUGGAGACGGAUGGUAGCCAUAAAAGACAGCCGCCUGCCUCUUCAGGCGUUGGUAGAACUGACCCUCGGUGCUGGAGGUAUUGAGGACAGGCUCCAGUCUUGACGACCCCCCC